GCCAGCGCUGUGCGGGGGGCGGGCUCGGGGGGCGGAGCCCGGAGGCGAUGUACAUAAGGCCGGGCGCCCGGCGCCCCCCUCACUCGCGCGUUAGGAGACUCUGGUCGUUCUGCUUCGCCGUCUUUCCGCCUGCGUGAGGGACCUGCCCGACACAGUGGCUGCCAUGGCAUCAGAUGAAGGCAAACUUUUCGUUGGAGGGCUCAGUUUUGACACUAACGAACAGUCGCUGGAGCAGGUGUUUUCCAAAUACGGACAGAUUUCCGAAGUGGUGGUCGUGAAAGACAGGGAGACUCAGCGGUCGCGGGGCUUUGGGUUUGUCACCUUCGAGAACAUCGACGAUGCCAAGGACGCCAUGAUGGCUAUGAACGGGAAGUCUGUGGAUGGGCGACAGAUCCGAGUUGACCAGGCCGGCAAGUCGUCUGACAACCGAUCCCGUGGGUACCGAGGUGGCUCUGCCGGGGGCCGGGGCUUCUUCCGUGGGGGCCGAGGCCGGGGCCGUGGGUUCUCCAGGGGAGGAGGGGACCGAGGCUACGGGGGAAGCCGGUUCGAGUCCAGGAGUGGGGGCUAUGGGGGCUCCAGAGACUACUACAGCAGCCGGAGUCAGGGUGGUGGCUAUGGCGACCGGAGCUCGGGCGGGUCCUACAGAGACAGCUAUGACAGUUACGCUACACACAACGAGUAAAAAUCCUUCCUGCUCAAGAUCGUCCUUCCAAUGGCUGUAUAUUUAAAGAUUUUGGGAGCUUCGCUGAAUCGUUAAUGUGUAGUGAACACACCUCCUUGUACCCACUUUUGUAGUCUUAUCGGUUCUGAUCUUGUCAAACACAGCCUGACUGCUUCUGACCCCCAGAUGGCCUCAUUACUAGACUUUUCUUUUUAAGGAAGCGCUGUUCGUUUUUAAGGGUUUUAAAAACGUUUUGAAAAGCACUUCAGAUUUCACUUUUUUUUUUCUUUUUUUUUUUCUUUUUUACCAUGAGCCAUGAGUUUUUAAGAAAAUCAUCGGGGUCGUGUGGGUUUUGUUUUUGUUUGUGGUUGUGUUCCCUUUUUUAUUUCCCUUUCUAUUGGGGUUGGCCCCGUGAAGUUGGGUGGGUGCCCCAAUUCAGUCCUCCCUGAGAUCGGACUCUGAGUCCACUGUGUCGGAAGCUGACGAAGCUGCGGCUUUUUUCCAGCUCCACGUACUGUUUCUGAGUGUAGCUCGGUAGGCCCCGCCCCUGGGCAGCAGCAGAGGGGCCCGGCUGUACGGCCCAUCCGUGCUGUGUGUGACCCACAGUCGCCUUGCAGACGUCCCUGAGAGGUUCUUGAAAAUGUUUAUUUAUAUUGUCCUUUUUUACUGGAAGACGUGUGCAUAUCCCAUCGAUGUUGUAUUUGAAGUGGUUAAGGAAUUCUUGUACGCAGUUUUCUUUGGCUUUACGAAGCCGAUUAAAAGACCGUCUGAAACGAA